AUGUUCCAACUCCGAGCGCGUGACCUCUCUUUCCUCGUCCACUCACCACCCUGUCUCCCCGCUCCCCGCGUCUCUCCCCUCUUCGCCCUUCGCCGCAACCUCUCCGCCACCACAUCCGCUUCACCAGGCCCUUUCGCCGCCGAGGACUACCUGGUCGCCACCUGCGGCGUUCCCCGCGCGCAAGCCGUCAAGGCAGCGAAGAAGAUAUCCCACCUGAAGUCCUCCUCGAAGCCCGACGCGGUCGUCGCCUUCCUCUCCGGCCUCGGCGUCCCCCGCUCCGACAUCGCCGCCAUCGUCGCCGUCGACCCGUGGUUCCUCUGCGCCAGCGUGGAGAGGACCCUGGCGCCCCGAGUCACCGAGCUGAGGGAGCUCGGCCUCUCGCGCUCCGAGGUCGCGCGCCUCAUCCCGCUCGCCCUGUGCUCCUUCCGCAGCAGCUCCCUCAGGGGCAACCUCGACUUCUGGCUCUCGGUCUUCGGCUCCUACGAGAAGCUCCUCAAGGCCCUCAAGAUGAACUCCGGCCUCCUCGCCGCCGACCUCGAGAAGGUGGCCAAGCCGAAUCUGGCCCUCCUCCAGCAAUGCGGGCUAAGUCCCUCUGUCUUCUCGGAGCCCUUCAUUUCCCGGGUGCUCAUCAGGACCCCCAAGAAAGUCCAGGACGCUUUGGUGCACAUUGACAAGUUUGGGGUGUCGCAGAACUCGCGGAUGUUCCUCUACGCGCUUGUGGCGUUCACUGUGCAGAGUCCGGAGAAGCUCACCGACAAAAUCGGAGUCCUGGAGACGCUUGGUUGGUCGCAGGGUGAUGUGCUGCUAGCUGUGAAGACGAUGCCGGGUAUCCUGACCAUAUCCGAGGAGAGGCUGCAGAAAAAUGUGCAUUUCCUCACAAAGGUUGCUGGGCUGGAGAUAUCUUACAUUGCUCAAAGACCGGUGCUGCUCAAGUAUAGCCUUGAGCGCCGUUUGUUUCCUAGUUUCUUGGCAGGUUCGUGCAUCCUUACAAGGAGAGGCUUCCAGGCCUUGCUGAUGUUUAUGCUUCAAGCUGUGCUGGGAAACUACACAUGGAGUUGCUAUCAGAGAACACAAAACAAAACUAGAGAAUCUACCUUACCUGUCCUGGGUGAGUACCAUAGGAUGGAAAAUGUUAAGGUUUGUCAUCCCCCUUGGUCCAUUGCUCAAGUUCUGUGCAGUUUUUCUGGAAGUGAUCCUCUAUAG